AUGUAUUUUUUCCCAUUCCAUUCCCUCUCUCACCCUACGUCACAAACACCGCCCAUCACCACCACCAUCUGCUACCACCACCAUUUGCCAUCGUCACCACCCGCCAUCAACCUCCGCCGACCACCACCACCGUCCUACGUCGCCACCGCCAUCGACUACCAUCGCUGCCCCCCGCCAUCGCUACCCCACGCCAUCGCAGACCCCGACCACUACCGCCACCCUCCGCCGACCACCACCACCAUCCUUCGCUACCACCACCCACUACCGUCGACCACCAGCACCCACCGUCAUCGCCGCCACCACCAUCGACCACCAUCUUCACCCCCGCCACCGCCGACCACCGCCACCUCGACCACUACCGCCACCCUCCGCCGACCACCACCACCAACUUCUGUGGCCACCACCCACUACCGUCGACCACCACCACUCACCGUCGUCGACACGACCACCACCCGUCGCCACUACCCGCCCCGCAGACCACCGCCAACCCUGAUCAUCGCCACCGCUACCGUUAACAACCGUCACCCACCGACCACCGCCACCCACCGCCGCUACCACCGACCACCGCCACCCAUCGCUGCCACUGCCACUUGCCGCCACCGAUCACCACCACCACCCAUCGUCGAUUUAGUUCAUUCCUCUUUUCUUACCUACCAAACAACACAAGGUAAUGAUUUAUUCCUUUCCUGCAUGGUAACCAAACAAGACUAUGGAAUGUAA